AUGAAGUUGAAAGAGAUGAGAGUAGGUGUUUAUGAGGGUAUUAUCACCCUCAUCCACCGAUCUAUAACUCUUGCUCACUUCCUCCAACUUCACUCCCUCUUCCUCAAAACCUCCCUGGAUCACCACCCCUUUUUCAUCUCUCAGUUCCUCUUAUCAGCCUCCACUAUUUCUCUCCCUUACGCCACUGCAUUCUUCCACUCAGUUCCUACCCUUCCACCCCUCUUUGCCUGGAACACCCUCAUCAGAGCCUACACCACCAGCCCCACCCCCCACUACUCCCUCUCCCUCUUCCGCCUCCUCCAAAUCUCUGUUCUUAACCCCGACAACUUCACCUACCCUUUUAUCCUCAAAGCCUGUGGUAACUCUUCCGGUCUCCAGCUCGGUGGGACCCUACAUUCUCUCAUUCUCAAGACCGGUUUUUGCUCUCAUGGCUAUGUGGGUAAUGCCCUUUUGAACAUGUAUGCUGACUGUCAAGCUGUAAGUUCUGCGUGCAAGGUAUUUGAAGAAAUGACUGCGAGAGAUGUUGUGUCCUGGAGCUCCAUGAUUGCUGCAUAUGUUGCUGACAACUCCCCUUUGGAUGCUCUUCGUGUCUUUCGUCUGAUGGGACAAGCGAAUGAGAAACCAAAUUCAGUCACCUUGGUGAGCUUGCUUUCUGCUUGUACUAAGAUGCUCUGCCUCGGUGCUGGUGAGUGCAUUCAUUCUUAUGUUAUAAAGAGUUGCAUGAAAAUGGAUGUUGCAUUGGGAACAGCUUUGUUUGACAUGUAUGCUAAGUGUGGAAAAAUUGACAAGGCCCUGAUUGUUUUCAAUUCAAUGGAUGACGAGAAUUUGCAGUCCUGCACUAUCAUGAUCUCCGCUCUUGCAGAUCAUGGACGACAAAAAGAAGUUAUCUCUUUGUUUAACCAUAUGGAAGAUAUUGGGUUGCAACCAGAUAGUUUGACUUUUGCUGUGAUUCUCUCUGCAUGCAGUCACGCGGGACUUGUUUGUGAGGGAAGAAGGUAUUUUGAUAGGAUGGUAAGAGUGUAUGGCAUAAAACCGAGGGUUGAGCAUUAUGGAUGCAUGAUUGACUUGCUAGGAAGAUCUGGCUUGAUUCGAGAGGCUUAUGAUAUCAUCAAGAGCAUGCCCCUGAAACCUAAUGAUGUUAUUUUGAGGAGUUUUCUGGGGGCUUGUAAAAUUCACGGGUGGGUUCCUUGUUUGGAUGUUGAUCUUCUGUCUAAACUGGAUUCUGAGUUGGGAGCAAACUAUGUUCUCAGGGCAAAUGUUUUUUCCUCCUUUGCUUCCUGGAAGGACGCCAAUGACUUGAGGGUAGCCAUGAAACAUAAAGGGUUGGAGAAAAUUUCUGGUUGUAGUUGGAUGGAGGUGCAAAAUUGA